GUCUCAAAUUCUGCCAUCCAGCUUCAGUCUCUGCAGUUUACUAAAGACUUUUCUGGUGUCUUUCAGGCUACAUUUAUGUCAUCAUCCCUCCUCCUCCUCCUCCUUGCAAACAUUUUGUGAUAAAAACCCAACAUCAGCAAGAGACCCCAAAUGCAAAAACAGUACAGUGUCCAGACAAAAUUCAAAUCAACAGGGGAAUCUAUCUAAUUAAGAAGGGAACCCUGAAUAAAUUAAAUUACAAAUUUGACAGGAGCUGCAGCACACCAAGACAUACAGAAAGAAAGCAGGAUGAAAGACGACGAGCUGAGGGAAUCAGUCUGAGAGUUUCUGAAGUCAGAGAUCAGGGAGGGGAAAGUGAGCAGGAGUCAGGCUGAGGAGGAGGGAGGCCGAGAGAGAGAAGGAGAGGGGAGCAGAGAGGCAGGCUUUGCCUUUUCUGGUAGUUAAAGUUGCUGAAAGAACAAGCAGGAAUUCUUUGCGCUGCAGAAGGGCUGAGAUAUAAACCAGACUGUGGAAGCUGAUAUAUGAAGACAGGAGAGACACUGCUGUUCAUGGACUAAACUUCAGCUACUGCUAAGGUACUGUAAACCAACAGGGCACUGCAGGUCCCUAUGUUUCAAUCCAUGGCAGGAAGUGGUUUUGGAUGGUCCCUUAGACUUUGAUGUUGGAGCUCAUUUAUAAAUUACCUUUAUUUUAAAUGAAUUUAACGUGUUUUCAUCUUCUCAGUGGGGGUUUGUUACUUAGUAUGAAACCUAACAAAGCUGGGGAAUUACCGUGAUGAUGAAACAAGAUUCAUCCUAUAGUUUUCAGAUGCCACUGUACUCUGAACAAUGUUCCAUAUAACGCAUCGUUCAGAAGAUUUAUUUUCUCCCCAUCAAACACUGAGGGUCAAGUAUGCAGUCCAAGUGAGAAAGUGAGGAAAAUCUUUGGGGCAUCAUGGAUGAUGACUUUGACCGCCGCAUGGAGCUGAGGAGGCAGAGGAGAGAGCAGAUGCGCCUCGAGGCUAACAAUACGGGUUACACCAACGAUGAUGAGGAGGAGGAAGCUCGAGAACGAAGGAGACGAGCAAGAGAGGAGAGGAAGAAGAUGAAGGAGGCAGAUGAGUCUGGGACCACAGAUGUGAUCAACACUAACAGUGUGACGGAGACCGAGUCCUCCACCACAGCCUGUGCUGAUGAUGACCAGGCUUUGCUUGAGCGUCUGGCCAAGAGGGAGGAGCGCAGGCAGAGGAGAGUGAAGGAGGCCAUGGAGAGGCAGAAGGAGCUUGACACCACCAAUGGCACACUGGAAGAGCAGUCUUCCAUUAGCAGCAACAGACAGGGAGGUACAGAGGAAGAGGAGAAGAUACCAUCCCAAGAAGAGGUAGCAGAGGCUGAUGCUAACUCUUGGAAGAAAGAGGAGGAGGACAAGAAGGGAGAUGAGAAGGGAUCUGUUGAGGAAUCAAGAACAGCAAGCACAACAAACGAGGAGGAGACUGAGGAGAAGGCUGCAGCAACAGAAAGAGAGGCGGAACAGCCUGAUUUAGGAACGAAAGGCCCUGAAGAGGAAGAAGUUCCAGAUGCUGACAAGGAGGAAGAAGAGCAGAAGAGGAAAGAAGAAGAGGAGAGACAGCAAAAGGAAAGGGAAGAAAAGCUGCGGCUAGAAGAGGAAGAAAAGCAAAAAAGGGAAAUGGAGGAAAAGCUGAGGAUACAGGAGGAAGAAAAGCAAAAAAGGGAAAUGGAGGAAAAGCUCAAGAAAGAGGAAGAAGAUAGACAGCUGAGAGAGCAGGAGGAAAGGAAGAAGAAGGAAGAGGAGGAAAAACAAAGACAGGACAUGGAAGAAAGGCUGAGAAAAGAGCAGGAAGAAAAACAGAAAAAAGAGAUGGAGGAAAAAAUGAGGAAAGAAGAAGAGGAAAAGCACAAAAUGGAAAUAGAAGAGAAAAAAAAGAAAGAGGAAGAGGAGAAAAACAAAAUGGAGGCAGAAAAGAAGAGGAAGGAAGAGAAAGAAAAACAGCGCAAAGAAAUGGAAGAGAAGAAGAAAAAAGAGGAGGAGGAAAAGCAAAAGAAGAAAGAGCUGGAAGAGAAGCAGAAGAAAGAGGAGGAGGAGAGACGGAAAAAGGAAAUGGAAGAAAAGAAGAAAGAAGAGGAGGAAAAGCGAAAAAAGCAGGCUGAGGAGAAGAAGAAUAAAGAGGAGGAAGAGAAGCGCAAAAAGAAAGCGAUGGAGGAGAAGAAGAAGAAAGAGGAGGAGGAGAGGCCAAAGAGAUUUGGCUUUAAGGAAAAGAAUGAACCAACCAGUCAGAACGGAGCCCUCGCUGAAAAUAAACUUAGAAAAACAGAGAAGACAUCGAGGGACAAUGUCAGCAAGGCAGACGACGUGGAGCGUCAGGAGGCCGAGCGUAAGCUGCAGGAGCUGAAGCGCCGACGAAACGAUGCGGAAAGCGAGGAGCUGGAGAAGAUCAAGCAGAAGCAGCAGGGCGCAGAGGCGGAGCUGGAGGAGCUGAAGAGGAAGAGAGAGGAGAGGAGGAAGAUCAUGGAGGAGGAGGAGAUGCAGAAGAAGCAGGAGCUGGAGGACAAGAAAGCCAAAGAACAGGAGGAGAGGAAGAGGAUGAAGGAGGAGAUAGAGAAAAGGAGGGCGGAGGCUGCAGAGAAGAAGAAACAGAAGGCAGAAGAGUCUACCAAGCCUGUCUUUGCCAUCAGUCCCAAAGGAUCCUCAAAGAUCGGGGAGAAGGCAGAAUUCUUAAGCAAAUCAGCCCAGAAAAGCACCGCGUCCAGAAUGUCUCACACUCCAAUUGUCUCCAAGAUAAGCAACAGAAUGGACCAGUACACCUCUGCCAUCCAGGGAAACAAAGAAGCCAAAUCCCCCAAAUCUCCACUGGCAGAUAUUCCUACAGGAGGCACACGGAGCAUCAAGAGCAUGUGGGAGAAAGGCAACAUCGGCAGCUCCUCUGAAAGUCCAGCCCCUGUCAACAAGGAUGUUGCUGGUAUCAAAGGAGGUGUGGCUGGACGUGUCAACAGCUGGAUGGCAAAGCCUGCAGAGGCGGAGAAGACAGCCACACCUGCACCAUCACCUGCACCAGCGGCAGCAGCAGCAAAAAAGCCAGCAGAUGUGAAACCAGGUGACAUCGGCAACAAGCGUGGCAUGUGGGAAACAAAGAAGGGCUCUGCACCUGCCAAGGUGGCAGUUGGAGGCAAGAGCAGGUUUGCCACAGGUGGCGUAAGACCCUAACCCCUGACAAACCUUACCUGGCCAAUCACUUGGCUCAGCUACUGUAUGUGCCUCCAUUUCCUCUCAACGAGUCUGUAUUUCCCGCAUCAAGUUCACGCCAGAAUGAGGACAAGGGAACAAUGAAGGAUUCCAACAUCAGAAUCUUCUGGCAAUAUCUUCAUGUAUAACUUUUUCCGGACAGCAUCACACGAAAAAUGCUUAAUAUAGUACGGAUUGUGCAGUAUCAGUCCAUUUAAUCGAGUCCUUGUAGGUUUCAGGUGGCUGGGUGGAUGCUCAAAUGUUAGAUUGUUUUGAAGCUACACUGACAUGUCUGCUCUGCUUGUAUUAGCUUAUCAGUUUAUAGCACAAAGCAUUUGUGCUGUAUUGUCAUACACACUCACUGCCUUUUAGGAUUGUUGUCAUUAUUUGGACUCCAUAUCAUGAAUGAGUCUGUUCAGUGUCCAUAUUACCACGAUGUUGGGUGCUUUACCUCUGCGAAAUUUCAUACAUUUUUACCAUGUUCUGUUUAGCGAGAGUUUAUGAAGUAAGUAAGUAAUGACUUCUUUAACUGUAAGCGACUCAUUAAUAAGAGCAGGCUUUUACUUGGUGUUUUGGCUGUUGGGAUGCCAGUGUCAGUGUUGGGUGUCAGUUUCAACAAAGAUCAGAUGCAGUGCCAUGAAAUAUGGCAAAGACAGUCAUGAUGCCCAAACAGUAAAAAAAUUAAAACUCAGUGAAAAGUUAGUAAAAAUGUGUCAGCAACUAUUGAAAGCUGUGAAAUAUGGUACUCACAUUCAUGUCCCCCUCUGGAUGGAUUUUAAUGUCUUUGGUCCCUUUGAUCCCUUAACUUUUCAUUUAUCAUCAUCAUUAGAUGAUUUUUUUUUUUUUAAUUUGUCCAAUAUUUUAGCUUAUGAUCAAAUACCUCUGAAAAUGAGAUGCCCAUUAACCUCAGGCCUACUUUUCCUUUAAGUAAUUAGCAAAUGAGAGCUUGGUAACAAACUAAAGAUGGCAAACACAAUCCCAGCCAAACAUCAACAUGUUGUCAUUUGAGCACGUUAGCAUGCUGACAUUAGCAUUAGCUCCAAGAAUUGUUGUGCCAAAGCACAAGGCUCAUAGUGCAGCUAACAUGUCUUCAUUGAAUCAUAAAGACUCUUUGACUGCUUACCUCUUGGAUGAACAACUGUUAAAGAAAACCCAGCUCUUUAUUAAUGACUCAUAACUUAUUGGACUUUUUUAGGAAAUGAGUAUUAUUAUUUACAAAACUUAUAAAUCCCCUUAUAAAGAGCGCCUUAUUAUAAAGUGGUACACGUAAGCCCACCGCCGGAGACCAAAAUAUAAUAUAAUAUCAGGAGCACAUUCUGCCCAGGACUGCAGUCAGAGUAGCACAGUGUGCAAGCAGUUCAACUUUUCUCUCAACAGCACUUAGGGUUUGAAACCCUCAUAACUUGUGACAGUUGAAAAUCACAUUAUUAUGUAAUAUAAGCACCAAGAAAGUCACCAUAAUAAUUAUUCAGCCACCAACGUAACAAAAACCAACAGGUACCAGUCUUGUUUGUCUGCCAUCAGUUUACAUGCCACUUGCAGAAGCUCUGAGGGUUUUGUAAGCACUCUGUUUGUGUUGUAAUUAACCUCAAAUUGUGCCCAGGUGUUUCUGUCAAUCAGCACUGCACAUUGAAUUGGGUUCAAUCAUGCCAAUAAGCUUUGUGAGUCUUUGGUAUUUAGUAGUGGAUUGCUUUGUUUGAAUAUUUGAAAAUUAUUGUUUGUUCUUGCUCCAGCAAUAAAAAAACAAAAAAAAAAAAGAAAGAAAACAAAAA